CGCCGCAACACGGUCUUCUGCCAAACCGCAAAGGGACUGUAUUACAAGCGACCGGUGUAAAAUUAUGUCCCCUUUAUUUUUUUUUUUUAAACUUGUGCGGUUUAUUUUCAACAGCUUGAUUGAUACGAGGGUAAUGGGAAGUCAACUUCCACAUUUUUUUUUUUGAUCGCCCUCUCGUCUGCUUGACAUUUAUUUUUCACGUCUGCUCUUGGUUAUUUGACACUUUGGAGGAUUUGGUUUCGUCCCCCUGUUUCAUCAUCAGUGGAUAUUAGAAGCGAGAUUCUAGUGUAUACAUCUACUAGGUCUAGGUCUAGAUACGAAUCGCAGAGACAAGAGUGUUUUUGGAGAUUUGUAUUUAAUAGCUCGGGUUAUAAGGUUCCGAUUCCCUCCCUUUUCAUAAUGAACCAGCAGACUGGCCAGUGGUAGACCAAAAGAUGACAGCUGAAAAGGGAGCGAGUGUAUAAAAAAAAAAAAUAAGAUGAAAUAACAAGCAGACGCACAGAGAAGAAGAAAAAAAAAACAACAACACAGCCCUUUGCCCACUCCUUCACAUAUUGGAAGGACGAAGUCACAGCAGACGACGAGACUACGGAACUGGUCUGACAAAUCUGUCGAAGGCCCGCUAACUCCAAGCGUUCACGUCUGCUUGUUUCCACCAUUACGUAACAAUACAUUCCUGUUAUUUUAUUUCUAUUUCACAUAGUCUUUUGAUACAAGGCGUUUCAUCUUUUAAACAACUAAAGGGAGAUAAGUUUGGAUUACGAAUUUCCUCAAGGACAGUUUGCUCCUGUAAAGUAGGAUAUCGUCUGCUAUCAGAAGCGGCAUUGCAAGGUGAACGAUGGCUCUGACUCGAUGUUUUCUUAUAUUUGUGUCACUCACCUGUUAUACAUCAGCAACGUCAGAGUCAGUUAACAGAAUAACACGUGAUUGGGGCCCCUGGACCACGUGGUCAUCUUGCAGUCAUUCCUGCGGCUAUGGCACAGCUUACAGGAUACGUCGGUGUCACGUAGCGCACAGGCAAGGGAGAGAACAAGUGUGUCAAGGACCAUCAAAACAGUAUCAGAUUUGUAACAAUCGGAGAUGUAAUGAUGACCAGCGGUCAGAUUACCGGACCAGAGAGUGUGCCAAACAGAACAACGUGUAUUAUGGCCACAAGACGUAUGUUUGGGAACCUUACAUCAACAGUGCUGCCCCGUGUGAGCUGUCCUGCAAAUCCGUGGGUCACGGCUACUACGCCCGGUUUAAGGAGGUUGUGGACGACGGGGUCAUCUGUAACGAGGAGAACACUGCAGUUUGUAUGGAAGGCAAGUGUUUGCACACAGGUUGUGACGGUGUUCUUGGCUCCAAGACUCCUGUCGACCACUGCGGUGUAUGUGGCGGGGACGGCUCCAGCUGUCGCUUCAUAAGGGGCAUCUUCACCCGGACCCAUUUGCCCAUCCGUGCUUACAGCGAGGUCACGACCAUACCUGCUGGGGCCAGAAACAUCAACAUUACAGAACUGAGCCGAAGCAGGAAUCACUUAGCGCUCUCUACAAGCAAAGGUUAUUUUCUGAACGGAGGCUUGAGACUUCAAGGUGAAGGUCAAGUACACGGAGCCGGAACCACGUUUUCCUACAGGACCGGGUCGCUUGGCUGUAACGGCGAAUGUCUGCAGGCAGGAGGUCCGCUGAACUCAAGCGUCAAAGUCGAGGUCAUAUCGUUUGGACGAAACCCUGGGAUUUCUUAUGAGUUCAGUGUCGACCAGGGCAGUCAGGUACUCGUGAGUGGUCAGCCUGUGCUGCCCAAAGCUACCAACGAUGACCACAGGCAGCUGGCAGUGCCAGAAAGUAGCCGAGGUGACGCUGAACAAAGAGAUGAAGAACCAAACAGACUUCGUUUAGAGAUCAUUCCCAGAAUUCGUCACGGGAAGGCGCCCAUAGACGCCACAGAACACAACGUUAAAAAACAGUUUCACCAGCUCCAACAGCACCAUCACCGACGCCACCAACAUGUCGUACAUUCAACUACGCCCCCUCCGCCGGCGCCCGGCACAAAGGGCCCACUUCAAAUAGACAAGUCCUCCGGACAAAAAUGGGAGGAGUCCCGGAAAAUAAUCUCCGCACCUUAUCACGGAAGUCCUCGCGAAAAAGAUCGGGUGCAUGCUAAGGGAGAUAACACAACUUUUGUUUACAAGCACUAUUACCAUACCAACGAAUUGGACGAUUUGGGUGAUGUGCCCAUGAUAAGCACCGAAGACAAAGACUUCAAUGAAGCUAAGGAACCGACUUGGUUAGAGAAUGAUGACAACUUUGAUGAUGACAGGCUAGCAGAGUUCAGCUCAACAACACAGUACUAUCCACCCCAGCAGUCAUCAUUUCCUGCUGUGAUUGCUGCCUCAUUGAUCAACCAGAGAGAAAAAUCCCAGCAUGCCUCAGCUGACAGGUAUCACAGUAGCCAUGACAACAGGCCAACUGGGAGCCAGGAUGGCAAACAAUCAUAUUCCUGGAGAAUCUCAGGACUUACUGAGUGCUCUGAGCCUUGCGGUGGAGGUCUCCAAGAGCCACGCCUGGUGUGUGUCAGAGAAGGUUCUCAAAUUGAAGUGAUUCCAGAGAACUGUGAUGAAAGUAGAAAACCUUCUACCUCACUUAUUUCAUGUAACACUCAGCCCUGUGGGGCUAGGUGGCAUUUACAUGAAUGGAGUCCCUGUAGCGUCACAUGUGGUCGAGGACUUCAGAAGCGAGUAAUAGAAUGCCAAAAAAGAAUAUCUCCAACUUUGACAAUCUCUGUCAGUGCUUCUAGCUGCCCUCAGCCACAGCCUCCAUCAAGGCAGUACUGUCAGUUGGAGCCAUGUUUUAUGUGGAGGGCAUCUAAUUGGACCAAAUGCUCAGUAGAAUGUGGCUUUGGCCAGAGAAAGAGACACAUUCAAUGUGUUGAUGGCAACUCCAAAAAUGUGAGUGAGAAACUGUGCACCCAAAUAAAACCUGACACGGAGGAGAUUUGUAAUAUGGGAUCCUGCGCUCAAGGGUGGUUUUAUUCCAAGUGGUCAGAAGAGUGUUCCUCCAAAUGUGGACGUGGUCACUACACAAGAGAUGUCUAUUGUUUGGCACCAGAUGGCUCUAAGCUGGAGGAAGCCAAAUGUGGAAAGAGUAGCAAGCCCCAUGAGCAGAAGUCUUGUAAGGCAUCCACGCCUUGUGGUGGUCAGUGGUUUGCUGGACCCUGGUCGCAGUGCAAUAUGACAUGUGGAUCAAAAAGUUAUCGUCACAGAGAAGUUUUCUGUAUAAAGCAUCAUGGCAAUAGAAUUCACCACAUUGUCAAGGACCAUAACUGUUUAAAGGAAGAUAAACCUGUACAAGUAGAAGCUUGUGGCCUGUUGGCUGAUUGCAAGCCUGAGUGGUACAUGACAGCUUGGACUGAAUGUACUAAAAGCUGUGGUACUGGUGUGAAGACCAGAGAAAUCAAAUGCCUAGACGGCAAUCUAAUUCAGAGUGCAGACUGUGAUAAAUCCCAGAAGCCCUCUCGGCGCCAGCCGUGCAAUACAAAGCCAUGCAUAUCGAAUCGUGUAGAAAUUCCAACCAAAGAGGUGACCACAUCUGUCGACUACCUACAGAUGGACUGGUCAGCCCCUGUUGCCAGCACAGAACAUUUCUCCUGUUCAGAUAGUGAGGACUUGAGAUGGUGCCAGCUAGCUCGUCGAGCCAGACUCUGCCAUUAUCAGCACUACAAAAAGAUUUGCUGUCACACAUGUCACAGCCUCGACCCCAAGCCCCACUGAUUCACAAUGUCACAGCCUUGACCCCCAAGCCCCAUUGGUUUUUAAAAUGACAAUAUUGACCCUCUAUUCCUACUGAAUCAACAUUUAGUCAAUCUCAAGAGUGAUUAUAUUUGUUUAUCUCCACUGAUGUUUGAAAUGUGUUUUACUUACUGAUUGAGUAACCAUUUAAUUUAUUUUCCAUGUCUUGUUGGCAUGUACAGAGCUGAGAGAUGGUAAUGAAGACUUUGAAAGGGUUAUGGAAAGGAAUGCUUUGAUGCUAGAUGUAAAGGCUUUGCAUGUUCAUGUUAGAAAUGUGUAUAUUGAUCAUGGUAAUGUAGUUUGGACCACCUUGUGGUUUUGUUGCUCACUCCAGGUUUAAAUGUAUUUGCAUUUACAUAUGAAUCUUCAAUUUUACAUACACUUGCAAUAUUUAUUUCAAAAUAAUACACUUAAACCUGGUGGGUACCAACUUUCUUCUCAUUUUAAAUCAAGAGUCUAUAUCAAACCACCACCACCCCACCCCCGUACUGGUAUGAAUCCUAUGGUGAAGGACGAGUUUUUGGCACAUUGGCAAAAUUUAGGCCAUGUCGUGCCCAGGUGAAGGACGACUAUGGAUCAUCUUGUGGAGCACUUUUUGAUAUGACUGGAGCCCUAAUUCGGAGAGACAUUCCCGUCCACAUAUAUCACAGGUUAUGGUGGCUUUCGCUUUGGUGGUAGAGGAACCGGCCAUUUUUAAAAUGGCAUUUUUUUUUCCAGAGCUGAGGCCCAUGUGUAUACACUGUCCAUAGCUUUCUUGGUCACCAUCUCUUUCCAACUAGUGUGGUCUAUGGCUAUGCCUUCCCAGUGGUCAGUAUCAAUGUUCAUUGUUUUGAGGUCCCGUUUUAUUACAUCCACAUAACGGAGGUGUGGUGCGACCAACUUUACUUGAGCCAGACACAAGAUGCCCGUAAAGAAUUAUUUUCAGGAUGCGGUAGUAUAUUUCAACUUAUUAUGAUGUAGUAUUAGAAAGCUUCACUAGUGAAUGGCUGAUAUAAGUUUAGAAAUGUAGAAUUGGUAGGUUGUUGGGACACAGAAAUGCAUGCGCUUUUUAUCACAUAAACCAUGAGGUCUCAAAUGAAAACCUAAUUUAAACUAAGCAGUGUUAGCAUACAUUAUACAGUAAGUAGCUGCUAGUAUGGUAUUGAUAACUUUUACUGCUGAGCCGUUCUGGGAAGCAGUUGAUUCCUAAAAUUCUUCAUUGUUGCUUUGACAUGGCUGCUGAGUCUAAGCUAAGUCAGUAAUGAUAUUGAGAACUUUGGGAUAUGCAGAUUUUUAGGGUGUCCACCCAGUAUAUGCAGAAUCUAUUUGAAAAAGUAGAUGUCAUGGGCUGGCCAUGCAACUAUUCUUAUAGUCCAUUAAUAUGUGUGUAAACUGCACUUAGCACUGAAUCAGCUUCUGAGUUUUAAAAAGGGAAAUUGCUUUACAUUUUCAAAACCAUUCUUCCAUUUUAUAGUUUCAAAACUGUCUAAAACAUUUUUGUUUUCAAAAGCUAAAAUAAAAUUUCUUUGUUCAAUAAAGAGUUUACACAAAUACCCAACAAUUAAUUGGGACACUUCAGCCUUGUAUGGCAAUGUACUUUUGUUGUACUAUGAAUGGCAUGUUGUUGAACUGUGUUAAAACAUUUCAGUGUUGUCAUAACCACAUAUGUACAUACCACAGCGAUGAUAGAAAUUGUAUUUAUUUGUGUGUGUGUGUUUUGUGUUUAUGUUUUUCAAUAUGUCUGAAAAAGUCAAAAGAUUCUGGGUUCUUGUUUUACCAAUGACAUUUUCAAUGAUAAAAAGAAAAAACAAAGUGUAGGUCAGUGGUAUUCUCACUCUUUGCUUAAACUUCAAUGUGUAAAAUCUGAUUUGAUUCUUUUAAGACAGUCUUAAGCUAUAAAAUUCAUUAAAAUAGAAAAAGAAUGUGUGAUAGGGAGAACUGUGGUGGUAAUAUAAAGAAACCUUAAAGGGAAACUCUGAUGAUUUUGACAAUUUUUGAUAUAAUAUGUGUUUUGAUUUACAGAUAAUGAAUAUAUUAUUCUUUUUUUUUCAAUAAUAACUUAGCAAUUGAUGUUUUUCCUACGUAAUUUUCCUGCGCCUCCAAAACAGUCAGACUUUCACCGGGUUUCUAUGUGACGUCACAAAUACGUUUUAAUCUAUUGACUUAUUGUAUAAUAGGAGACCAUACAGCAAAUUUAACAUUCUCGUAAAAUAUUUAGAAAAUUUAAAAAAAAAAGAGAGAAGAUUGGGAGACACAAACUCAACAAUGUCAAGAACACUAGAUACUGAAAUGUUGCCAACUAGAGAAAGAUCAUCAAAAUGUGAUUUUUACAAGGCUAAAAAAAAAAACAAGUAAGCCAAAGAUACACAGACAUUCUACUCUUCAUGUAUUCUGACACAAAAUACUGGUACACCAGUGUCUGCCAUAGAUUAAAAUCUCCAAUGCUAAAAUAACAAUUUUAGAUCUACAGUUUACUACUUACUUGAAAUGAAAGCUUCUUAAAUGUUCUGUUUACUUCUGAAUGUCAGAAGUAUUUGCUUCUAAAGAGCAGCUAUUUUCAGUUAGCAUUUUGUUUACCUUAAUGUACCAGUAGGUCAAAGUUUGGCUGCUUUUAUUGUAGAAUUAUUAAUACCCUGUUGUUUUAAGGCAAAAUAACUUAAACUUCUUUGACAAGGUGACUGUUAUUCUAAAGACUAUCAAAUUAAUAUUUCAGAAGAGAACUGCUGCAAUAGAAACUUAGGCACACUUGUGUUGCUUCCUUAUCAUUUUAAAUGAAAAUGUAAUGUAUAGGCCUUCAAGAUUAAUGGUACAACACUUUGAUCUCCCAGUGGAUUCUAUGAUAAUGUCCUUUUUAAUUUAUGCUUUUGUUUUUACGUGUUGUGUGAAUGGUGUGUGUAUCUUGGCAAGUAGUUUUAAGUUUGCCAGCAUUCCAUGCAUUCAUGUCUACUACUUGUCUGUCUUGCAUCUUUCACCCAUCCAUUUCUUCAAGGAACAGCCUACUAAAAACUUAAAACAGUUUAAUUUUCUAGCAUUGCUGAUGCUAACUUAAAUUUGUUGUAGAUAGAAUCUACUCAGUAGCUGGCUAGAAAUUCAUUUCUUUCAAGUCUCUCAACAACUCUGUGUGAAUCACCCAGUAGCAUCCAAAGUUCUAUCAGUAGGCUUUCAAAGGACCAGAAUUAGGAUCCUUCAAGUUUGAGAAUGUCCUGCCUAAUGGAUGGGAUUGAGCCGAAGAUCUAAACAGUCAUUUGAUUGGUGCUAUUAUGCUCUUCCUCUAUAGGUACUAGAUAACAUUUUGGUACAUUGAGAUAUGUUGUUAAUAACUUUGAAAGGGCAGUAAUAAAGAUUAGCUAGUAUUUUCAUUUAUAUACAUCCUAUGUAACAAAGUCAUCACCUACAUAUUUCCAUCACUGUAGACAGAGAAAUGUACACCUGCAUGCUGGAUAUAGUCAUUAAAUAUAUAUGGCCUAUUUAUAAAUAUAUCUUUAUAAUUAGUUGUAUCUGUAUUUUUUUAAAGUAACAAUUAGGUCUAAAAUACCUUUAAGUUCAUACCAAUGAGUUAAAGUGAGAGAGAGUGAAAGAUAUUGUUUUAAGAAAGCUAAAUUUGAUAGAAGCAAUAAAUAGGACAUUUUUUUGGACAAUAUUUAUUUAAUAAGCUCUAACAAAAAUUAAGUUUUGUGUGAAUGAAACAGCUGGAACAGAACAAACUGAUGUGUUGAAUUUUUGAAUAUCUUUUCAUGUCAAACUACCAGCACUUUUUAUUACAACUGAUGUGUUUGGGGAAGUUCAGUUCUGAAUGUAUUAGUAACUCGGCUUGAUGCACUGAUCACAAGCUUACAUACAAAACUUACUUCACUUUCUUUAUCUAGUGUGCAACAUUUGUUUUGACAUGUAAUAGUCAUUGAAAUUGAGUAAAUUGUGUCAACAUUAUAACUUCAUGAUGUAGCAUUGAUUUCAUUCAUUGUUGAUGACAUGUAAAGUACUAUUAAAUACUGAACCAAUUUUU